CAGUAAGUUUCGAUACGUUCGGUCCUUUUACGCCGCUAUCACCCCGCAUUUACCUCGGUAGUCAGUCUUUUCGCUUGCUAUCGAACAGGAAGCUCGUUUGAACUCCCAAUCGGACUGACUAUGUACUUGGGUCACUGUUUCCUCAAGUUGCCCAAUGUAUCUAAUUGUCUAACGUAACCGUUUCAGUCAACAACUUGGAUUUGGGUGUAGUUCAUAACGAUGAAGAGCGAGGGAAAACGGAAGAAAAACUUCAAAAGGAAGAAGAGCAAUGUAAAAUUGCAAAAGUACAUGGUGUCAGUGGAUGAAUUUGUUCAAAGCAGAGCUGGUUGUGAAGUAGAGAAUGACCGUGGUUUGCAUUUAGUGAAAAAGAAAAGCCGGAAAGAGUUACGCAAAGAAAAGAGAAAGAUGAAAAAAGCUAAAAUGAAAAGCCACUACGAGGGCAAGAAGGUUCUCAGUGUGCCCACUGUUGACGAUGAAGGCUCUGGCCCACCAACAGAAAAACCACAAAAGAAAAACGCAAAGGAAAAAGCGAAGAAAGACGUGCCGAAAACACCUCAAACCAAAUCUACUCGCACGUCCAUGGAAAACUCGGAACAUCCGAAUGCUCAGUCAAUUUCCAAGAAAGGAAAGAAAAUCACUAAACUUGAGGAAACAAGAAAAAAGGCACUUUUGGAGGCAAAUGAGGCUGAGGAUAGAGAAAUAAGGAAGCUAGAGCGGUUCCUCGGCUACAACAAGAGAAAAAACAAAACGAGUCUUCCCCAGUCUUUUGCGACUGAUGGACUAGAUUAUAUUCUUGGUGUACUUGACUCUGGGUCAUCAGCUGCAGUGAUGUAUGACAGUGAAGAUGACAUGGACACCGCCAAGGAGAAUUUUGAAAAUCUUGACAAGAGUGACUCUGAAUUGUCAGGUGGGGAAAAAGAACCAGGAGACGAGUCAGAAAAUGAAGGCAGUGAAAAUGACAGUGGUGAAGAUCUGGAUUCAUUUGACGGAGAAAAUGAGGUGGAUGAGGAUGAUGAACUAGUUGAUGAAGAAAGAGCAGAGGAUGAGGAGAUGGAGGAGGAUGACGAAGGGCUGGAUGAAGAUGACAUAGGUGACUCGGCUGAUGAAAAUGAAGGGGAAGUGAUAGAAGAAGUAGACAGUCCUAACAUAACAGGGUCAGAGACUGCGCCUGUCACCGCUACAGCAGGCAAGUAUGUGCCACCACACUUGCGUGAUAAUGGAGAUGAUAAGCGCAAAGCUGAGCUUGCGAAGCUGAGGAGGAAUGUGAAAGGCCUUGUUAACAGGCUGAGUGAGCCCAACAUGGCGUCCAUCAGUGGUCAGCUGGAGGAGUUGUACAUGAGCUCCAGCAGGAAGGACAUGAAUGAGAUGCUGACAGAGGUGCUGCUGGCAGCCUGUGUUACGCCGACCCUGAUGCCUGACAGGUUACUGAUGGAGCAUGUUCUGCUUGUCAGCAUCCUCCAUCAUACUGUAGGACUCGAGGUGGGAGCCCAUUUUCUGGAGACGGUGGUGCGAAAGUUUGAUGGAGUGUACAAGAGUGGCCAAGAGGGCAAAGAGUGUGACAACUUAGUAGCAAUAGUCGCCCACCUGUACAACUUCCAGGUGAUCCAUUCCGUCCUCAUCUUCGACAUCCUAAAGCUUCUGGUUGCAGCCUUUAUGGAGAAAGACAUUGAGCUAGUCUUGUUUGUGUUGAGGAAUGUUGGCUUUGCCCUGCGGAAGGAUGACGCCCUGGCCCUCAAAGAGCUCAUCUCCGAGGCCCAACGCAAGGCCAACGAAAUGGGGCCCAAGUUUAAAGAUUCAACAAGGGUGCGUUUCAUGUUAGAGACCAUGCUGGCUUUGAAGAACAAUGAUAUGAGGAAAAUCCCAGGCUAUGACCCAGAGCCUGUGGAGAGACUGAGGAAACUGCAGCGGCCUCUGAUCCAUCAGAGCGCGGGAGGCAGUGACAUGAAGCUGAGGGUCUCUCUGGAGAAUCUCCUUGUAGCAGAGCAAGUGGGCCGCUGGUGGAUCGUUGGUUCCUCCUGGAGUGGCGCUCCCAUGAUCAGCGACCAGAGGAAGAAGAGCUCAAAACAGACAACCACCGAGGGACAGUUCAGUGCCAAGGUGUUGGAGCUGGCCAGGAAACAGAGGAUGAACACUGAGGUCAGGAGAAACAUCUUCUGCGUGCUAAUGACCAGCGAGGAUUACCUGGACGCCUUCGAGAAAGUGUUGAGGAUGGGCCUGAAGGGCCAGCAGGAGAGAGAGAUUGUCCAUGUUCUGAUGGACUGCUGUCUGCAGGAGAAGGGCUUCAAUGCCUUCUACGCUGUACUGGGGGAGAAGUUCUGCUCUCACGACCGACACUUCCAGAUGACCUUCCAGUUCAGUCUAUGGGACAAGUUCAAGGAACUUCCCAACCUUCCCAGCAGCACCCUCAGCAACUUGGUCCAGCUGGUAACCCGCUUUCUCCAGAAGAAGUGCCUCUCGCUCUCCAUACUCAAAGCAAUAGAGUUUGGGGAGCUCGAUAAGCCCAAGGUGCGCUUCCUUCGCCAGGUCCUGACCAAACUGCUCAAGGAAACUGACCCUGAGGAUCUUGCCAGCAUAUUUGGAAGGAUUUCAGGAAUUCCCAAGUUAGGAAUGCUGCGGGAGGGCUUGAAGCUUUUCAUCAGCCACUUCCUGCUGAAGAAUGCCCAGUCACAGGGACCAGCUGAGCAAGCAGCUCUGUUGUCUGAGCGUGCCCAGCUCGCCACCAAAGCCAUGGAGGCCAAAGAGGCCAAGCUCAAACUGUAAACACACGCAAAGUAACACCCCAAGAGAAAUACUAUGGAGCAAAACUAUAGAACAAGUAUAGACAACACAUGUCUGUACUUUACUUUGAGGGGACAAAUGUAGUUUGGGGGCUGCUGUUAACUUUAACAUUUUUGAUUCGAUGAGUUCCUUUUCAGGAUUUUUCUCAUGGAGAUUUUUGAUUGAGGGAAUCACAAAAUGCCUUCAAAGACCUUUCAGACUCGAGCCUAUUUAUGUCAUUGUGUAUUAAGCGGUAAAUAAAUGUAGACAUUGUUUUCUAACAUUGUUUUCCGCAGUAUUAUUAUUUUGUAGGAGUGGCUAUCUACAGCAUUCAGUCAGACUGUACUUGUGUGUAAAGAUAAAGCGAUAAGCAAUACGACUGGGAUGUUUAACACUUUUCAGUAACACUUUUCAAUACAAUUGUGCUUGUGUGUGUAUAUAUAUAUAUAUUUGUACAUAAAUUGGGGUUCGAAUUGUGGAUAAUAUUGUAUAUUACCAUAUCAAGGCUACAUACAGACUCCUGAUUAUAAGAAAGGAAUGGUGCAUUUGAAUAAACAUUGUAUUUUUUUACUUUAA